AUGUAUUCAACUUAAGCGCUUUAAUAAACUAUUCAUAGUUAUUCUCUACAAGUGCUUUAAGCUGGUGAUUUUGCGAAAAAUUAACAAAUUAUUGACUAACUCAGAGCAUUUAUUUUGGAUUGGAAUAAUUUGCCCCUGUUUAGAAAUAUUGUCGAACAAGAUCAAAAACCUGAAACUAUCUUUGUUCUCUAUUCCCUGAUGUAAAAAUCACUUGCCCAAGGAUCCAAAUUUAUUAAUGUGCUUCAAACUUCAUUAAAAAAAUAAUCUACUUUUGAGGAAUUAGAAAACAAUGAAAAGUAACACCACACCAUAAUUGUUACUACUCAUAUUGAUAUUGUAAUCAAUUAUUUUGCAAGAUUCCUAAAUCAUCCAAAUCAUGUAUAAAAUUAGGUGCUAUUCACUUUGGCUUUCCUAUUAAGAAAAUAUUGGACAGACACUUUAAACUCAGAUUAACUAGUUGAAAAAUUGAUUAACACAUUUUUUAACAGUCAGAAUUUCACAAUUUUAACCAUUGGAUGUAAAUUAUUUGAAAACCUCUUAAUUUGUGUUAGAUCAUAUUAUUAUGCGUCCAGUUAUUUGGAAUUUCGAAAAAUAAUGAUGAACUUCUUGAAGUAAUCUUUAAGCACCUUAUUGAUUUCUACUCAUAAACUGAUUCUCAUUUAGUUGCAGCAUAAAACGUUGAUUUAAUUAUAUUAGGAGGAUAAGGCUUUUGCUGAUACAUUAAUCUAAUUACUAAACUCAUUCAUGACUUUUAAUUUCAAUUUAAGCUUUUAUGAGAUUGAGUCAGAUCAAGAUCAAAAGGAUAACUUUCUUAUAAAUUUUCCUGACUCUUACAUUUCAAUAAUAACUGAAUAUAAACUCCUUUUAGAAAUGUUCAGAUCAAUUAUUGACUUUUACACUUUAGAUUAAACAAUUUCAAUUAAAUUGAUAACAAUUGUUUAGAGAAUAGCUGCUGCAAGACUUUCACUAUUCUUUGGAAAACGCUCAUAGAAGCAAUAAGUGAGAAGAGCCCUCUGGGAAGGUUUACUUUAUAUCUUAAAUCAACAUUAAGUGUACAUAAAAAAUUACGACUUUUGUAAUGAAGUUUGUAUAUUUGCUAUCAAAUUAGUUUCCAACUUUACGCUGAAAAAACUGAAUAAAUUUUCAGAUUUAUUUGAUUAAUGUGUAAUUUAAUUUAAUCAAGUGAAUCAAGUAAUAUUAAGUAAUUAUUAAAUCAGGAUACAACCAAAUAGUGUUUUUAUCAAAUUGCAAGAAGUUUGGAAUUAAUUUUAGAUUUAAAUAAAUUCAUACAAAUAACAUUAUCCAUCCUAAUAUUAGAAUCUAUCAAAUUCUAUAAAUUUAAGUUUCAAACUUUUGAUUCAGGCAUUUUAUAAUGGGAACCCCUUUGCAGACAUUCCAACAAGCAUUCCAAUUAAAAAAAUUAAGAAGUUUAUUGAUAAAAGUUUUCGAUUAUGUUCUUAAGUUUAUUAAUAAAAUGCUGUAGAAUGUACAAAUUUACUCUUGGAAUCAUUUAAAAAAAUACCAAUCCAAAACCUUAAUCAAAUGGCAGAACAUGAAUAGAUGAUUACAAUUUAAAAAUUCAGCUCACUGUUAUGUUUAGUCUCAGCAUUUGUUAUUAGUCCAACACAAGGAGAGUUAUUGACUGGAUAUGAUUAUUAUGGGCAAUAAAAUAAAUAAGAAAGACCUCCUUAGUUUGGUUAAUUAAUCAUAUAUAUUUUGGAAAUUAUAUCUUUUUCCAAUAAAUUAAGUUUACCAGUCCUGGCUACUUAAUAAGAUAUUGAGAAGAUAUAAAUUAUAAAGAUGUAUCACACCUGUAUUUUGAUAUUUAUUCAAUCUUAUAUUACACAAACAAUAGAUGGUGUAUAUUAUGAUGAAAACUCCAAUACAGUUAUUUCUUAAUCUUAAUUAUAAACAAGUAUUUUUCGUGAUUUAGGAAGUUAGUAAAAUUAUUUAGCAAUAAUUGAGAGUUGUUUAGAACAAUGUUAUCAAAAAUUUACUUUGAAUGAUCCUGAUCUAGUAGAAUAUAGUUUUUAAAUAUUGUAAUUUACUUAUGAAAAAUUAAAGAGACAGCUUGAUAGAAGAAUAUUCCAAGCAAGUUAAGUAAAUAAUAUGCUGAGACAAUUCUUCCUCCAAAUGGAUUUCACUUGUUUUAAUGAAGUCUAGUAUAUUAAAAAGAGAAAACUUGUGUAUCAAUUAAUUUCACUUGUUUGGGUUGAUGAUCAGAUGGAUGACUAUGUUCCAGCUUUAGUGGAUAUUUAUAAGCAGAUCAAGAAGUCGAUUGCAAUAGAAAUGAAUAAAAUAAAUAUGCUCAAAUACAUUUGGGACAUGAUUGGUAUUGUGAAUGAGCUAGAACUAGAUAAGAUUUAUCGAAUUUUCUUACGCAUAGUUUUACCCGAUAUAUUACAAAUUUUGCAACCUAAUAAUACUAAUAUCUUUGUUUCAGAUUUCGAUGCAUCAAUUGGAUUAACAUCUUUGAUAUGUUCAAUUUUCAAAAACAAAAAUACAAGAUUAUCAAAUGAAAACAUUUAGUUGGUUCUGUAUUAAGUCUAUGGACAAACAACCAACUAUUUCAUCACAUCAAUCAAGUACUUAUUAACAUAAGCAUAAACAUGUUUAUCCUAAGGUAAAUAAGUUUAAGAUAAUACUUUGAAAAUGGCUGCAAAAUUGAUGAAAGUUAUGGGCCAAAUUUCAAGUUCUAAAUAGAUAAAUUAAGGAUUCUUUAUCAUCUACCAAGAUAAUUUUUGUUUGGAAUUGUUUAUAAAAUAAUUGCAACUCAUUACAGUUUAUAGACCUUUAUUUUAAAAUCUAAUGAAGUACAAACGUUAUCUCUUCGAAUGUCUUGAAGGAGUUUGUUAAGAACAUAGUGAAACACUUACAUACAAAUGUGGAGCUGAAACAUUUCUAUAAUUAUUUGAACUAUCUGAGAAUACUUUAACAGACAUUCUAAAUUUUAAAUCUAUCAAGGGUGAUGAACAAAUAAAUGAAGAAGCCAUUUAGUUGUCAUAGUUAGCAACAUUAUUAUAUAAUUCCAUCUAAUUUCUGGUAUAGGAAAGUAUAAUAGGAGAAGAAUAAGACACAGCUAUGAUAAAACAAAAGAUUUCUGAUAUCUAUGGUAAAGGAAAACUAUUAUUACAAUCAAUCUUUAGAUAAAGUUUUAUGGUAACUGUAGCAUUUCCAAAAAUCAUUAAAUUUUUAUAGCCCAAUUCUGAUAUAAUGUUUGCAAUUUCUUUAUUCGAUCCAAAAGAAUUUCAAAAUCUUUUGUUGUAGUUGAUAUAAGAAUACAAAAAUUAAUUAUGGCUGUCAAAUCUAAUUAUAGAUCCAAUAACUAUAGGAUAUUAAAGCUUGGAGAACUAUUUGAAUAGUUUUACCAAAGAUAACUUCACUAAAUAAAUCAAAUAUGUGUUAGAAUAUGUGUGUCAUGAAUCAUGA